GUUCCAGGGAAGUCUCUCGAGUAAAUCGGUUUUCGUUGACUUGGUCGCUCCUCCUCACUCCAUCGCUUCUAGCAAGCUAGCUAGAUAACUAGGAGAGCUACCUUGAAGUGUGGGAGACUCAAAGUGGAUAAGGGGGGAAACAGGCUGACGGAAAAUGGCAGACGUCGAGGGAGAGGGAAUUAAUUCGGUGGCACCUCCGUUAGUUCARCCAUCCUCUCGUAACKGCUCCGGUGUCAGCCCAACGCAGGGCACCGGCAGUUGYCAAACGGUGACUACCGUUACUUCAGGCCCGCGACUGGUGCGGAUAGUCAAGUCUGACUCGGGAUAUGGCUUCAAUGUCMGGGGACAGGUUAGCGAAGGAGGACAACUACGGAGCAUCAACGGGGAAUUGUAUGCCCCGCUACAGCAUGUCAGUGCUGUUUUACCGGGAGGUGCAGCGGACAGAGCCGGUAUCUCGAAAGGGGACCGGAUUCUGGAAGUUAAUAGUGUGAACGUGGAGGGGGCGACCCAUAAGCAGGUGGUGGAUCUGAUCCGUGCGGGGGAGAUGGAGCUGAUGCUGGCCGUGCUGUCUGUACCUCCCCAGGAGGCUGACUGUCUGGACCCUGGAGACGACGGCUCAGCCCAGUCCUGCUACGACUACAGCGACAAACAGGCCGUCCCCAUCUCCGUCCCCACAUACAAACACGCUGAACUCAACCAGGAGAGGUUUGUGGUGUAUAAUGUGUACAUGGCAGGCAGACAGCUGUGCUCUAAGAGGUACAGGGAGUUUGCUAUCCUCAACCAGAACCUGAAGAGAGAGUUUGCCAACUACACCUUCCCCAAAAUACCUGGCAAAUGGCCCUUCUCCCUGUCUGAACAACAACUAGACGCUAGACGCAGGGGACUGGAGGAAUACCUGGAGAAAGUGUGUUCAGUGAGGGUGAUUGGGGAGAGUGAUGUCAUGCAGGAGUUUCUGUCUGAGUCUGAUGAGAACUAUAACGGUGUAUCAGAUGUGGAGUUGAGGAUAGCCAUGCCUGAUAAAACCACCGUCACAGUCCGAGUCCGCAAGAACUGUACUACUGACCAGGUCUACCAGGCUGUGGUCAUGAAAGUAGAAAUGGACAGCAUAACUGCCAGCUACUUUGCUCUGUUUGAGGUCAUCAACCACUCCUUUG